AUGUUUAGAAUGAUAUUGCUCACGAAGAUGUUAUGGGCAGCCCAAUGCCCUGCUAGCAUUGAUAUAUCAGCAGAGCCUAAAAGUUAUUCAUUCUACUAUAUUUUAUCAAAUAACAUUGAUAAUGUCAAUGGGAUUCCUUGAAUAGAUAACUCAUGAGUGUAUUACACAGUGAAUGUUGAAAUUCUGGGAUCAAACGAGGUCUAUCUAUACAGAUUUGAUUCCAAUUUGAAUAUGACGUGGACCCUUCGUAUAACAGGCCAUAUUUCUAAAAAUGCUAUCGCUUUGCAUCCAUCUGAUUCAAAUUUAGUAUUUGUACUGAAGUCAACAUCAGAUUGUCCAUUGCUGAAAGUAAAUGGAACUGAUAAAUCCAUUAUUGAACAAUUAAAAAUUGCAGAUUCAGUGGAUUGCAGUUCUAUUACUUUCUCUAAUGACAAAUCGAGCAUCUAUGUUGCAGGAAAAGUAUCUUCAACUCCUCAUAUUUUCAGGGUUGGAUAUGCAGAUUUCGGAUCUACAUCCAUUGAUUCAAUUGAAGUAGGCCUAAAUUCUAUUUAUUCUAUUCACUCAUACUUAAACUCAGGUCAAGACUUGCUCUUGAUCAGUGGGUCUGUGAUCAGUCCUAGUCAAGCAUAUAAUCUUUUAUCAAUCAAGUAUGAAACUGGGACUCAGCAGUGGUCGAAGAAGUUAGGAUGACCUUCAGACUGAGUGCUUACUGGGACUAAUAAUGCUUUAGUGAUUGACUCACUAAGCCAAGUAAUCAGUUACUUUCUAGACACAAAACCAUUAAUUUUUGCAAGCAGCUUUGGAGACGGGCUUCUUGUUGGAUCUUAUAUGGCUGGAUUCACUCAAAGCGGACUUGAGAUAAGUAGCAUUACUUACUCAACUUCUUUCAGAAAAGUUUUUAUUCUAGUAAAGUAUGAUAACGGAGUGUACAAAAUAGAGUAUAAUCCAACCACUAUACAAUUUAGCAAUAGUUAUGUUAGCACAGAAAUAAGAGGAGGAUGGAUUCUUGAAGUUGGAGGGCACACUAUCAUUGGUUCUGGUAUAAAAGAGUCUACUCGAGUAACUGCAAUUUCAAGGCUCCCUGAAAAUGGAAUAGAUGGAAGUAACACUGCAGUUGCAUUUACAUCGACAAGUGAUUCAUUUACCUCAACCGUGGGAUAUUCCUAUGUGCAUGAUGCUACCAUAUUUGUUUCUUCUGUACCUUCAACAAUUUCAAAGGAAGUUUCAAGUAUUAAUCCAAAUUUCCUUUUAAAUGCAAUGCAAUCCGAUAAUUUAGCACUAGAGAUCGAAAUUAUUGCAAGUACCCAAAACUAUGUCUUAGAUACAACAAUAGAAGCCAAUGGUAACAUUGCUAAUUUCUUUCCUUGCUCACUUAGUGGAUCUACUCCCAUUACUCCAACAAUUGAAGCUCAUCCCAAUGGGGAGCCUAUUCCGUCUUGGGUAUCUGUUGGAGCAGACUCACUUUCGUUCGAUUAUAUUGUACCAUCUUCAAGUGAGGGUCAGUCAUUUUAUUUUACUGGAAAAAGCACAACCCCAGAGCAAACAUAUACAAGAAAUGUACAGAUUAAUGUUGCAGCUGUAUCGAGCGAGAGUUCAGCAUCCUCUAGCGAAGAAAGCAACUCAGAUACUAACACUUGUGAUACUCUUCAUUGUCAAGCAUGCAAUUCUUCUGUAUGAGUGCAAUGUUCUAGUGGAUAUUCAUUAACAGAUUCUAAAAAUUGUCAAGAAGUCUCUAAUGAAGUUUCCAUUGAUGGUUCUCUAAACUUAAAUUCUUCAUUAGUUAUAUCUGGGUUUGCAUUUUCAAUGUUUUCUUCAUCAAUGUCAGGAAUAUUUUUCGAAACUUCAUCCCAGAAUAUCUGGGCUUUGUUAAACCAGUACCAGCUCUUCAUUAUGAUUCCAUUUUUGAUUGUGAAACUUCCUGAUGACUUUAGAAAGACACUGGAAGCUUUGCAGUUUAGCUUUCUAAACAUGGACUUCUUGAACUCUAGAACCUAUCCAGGAAUCAGUACUGUGAUUGAUCAAAUAGACUACAAGAAUCCUUGUGGUGAAUUCAGAGAUAGUGAGUAUGAGUCUGGAAGUGCUUUUGUUAACUGAUUAGACAUUGCCAUGUCAUUCUUUUGAAUUAUUUUGCUCAACCUAGCAGUCCAACUAUUAAUAGAAGUGUUAUGAAAAUCUAAAACAAGUGAUCUUCAGGCAAAAACUUACAGAUACUUUAUGUCUCUAUUCUAUUUCAGAUUCUAUUUGAGAUUCUUACUUGAGAGCUUCUUGUUCGUGUGUCUAGUCUCAGUUAAUGAAUUUUUCAGAGUUGUUGAAAUCAAAGACCACACAGUGUCUUAUUUUUUGAGUGUUGGAGGUGUGAUAUUGUUGUUCUCAUUCAUGAGUCUAGUACUGUGAUUAUAUUUGUUUGAUAAACAUGCAUACAAAAACAAAUACUCCAAAGAGUUAUUUGAAGGAUUAAAAUUGAACAAAUUGGCACAACUCCAUAAUUUUGUGUUUCUUAUUAGAAGAUUUAUGGUUGUAUUUAUUAUUGUAUCAAUGAGAACCACAGAUUCAACUUCAAGGCUUUCAGUCUAUGCUAUUCUACAAUUUAUUUCAUUGCUACUGACAAUAUUAUCAAGACCUCACGAUCAGAAGCAUGCUAAUAUCACUGAAAUUGUAAAUGAAAUCUGGUAUUUCUCAACAAUAAUUAUUGUGAUUUGUGUGCAGAAAGUUAACUCUAUUGUGCUUGAUGAGCUACUUAACAGAUCGAUUCUUGCAAACACAUUAACCAUCUUGAUUAUCAAUAUUACAAAUCUCAUUCUCCAAACAGUGAGAUAUAUUCGAUCAAAGAAAAAGAUGAGAAGGAUUAAGCCUAAAACUGCCAAAGUUAGGGUUAAAGCUGGGAACAAAGUAAUAAUUUCAAAUUCCUUCAGAGAUGGUGCAAAUUCGAGAAGACCAAUAAUCAAAUUGAGAGCAAAGACACCUGAGACAUUCCUUGAAAAUAGCAAAGAUCUCACCAUGAGCACUGCGAGGAGAUUAGCUCCAGGAGGUAUAUCUCCUAGAAACAUCCCAAGCGCAGUCCCUGUUCCACUUGGGCUGCAAAGAACUCAACAAUGGGGCACGAGAGACAUAUUAUAAAAGCCCUAGAACAUAAUAUUUAUCAAAAUCUUAAAAUUUACCAAU